GAUCGCGUGAUUUGUGGAAGAGUUACGAAACUCAUUUACAACCGCGAUAAUUAUCGAACACGGCGAUUUUGACAGUCGGGAAAUGGUAACGCUUUCGGUGGAUGAUCAUUUCCUAUCGGCUUACCUUUUUUAUGGCGCCAUACUAAUGCUUAAGACUUGGGUAAUGUCCUUUGUAACCGCGAGGCAUCGUAUUGCGAACAAGGCGUUUCCAAGUCCAGAGGAUUAUAGGCGCAGACCUGUCCCAAUAAAUGCUGAUGUGGAAAGAGUGAGAAGAGCUCAUCUUAAUGAUCUGGAGAACAUUCCAAUAUUCAUGAUCACAGCGUGGUUGUACAUGUUUUCUGGCAUGCCAGUCUCGUGGGGAAUUUGGUGCUUACGGGUCUUCACGGCCGCCAGGGUCUUUCACACCAUAGUUUAUUUGAACGCCUUCAGCUACCCAAGGGCUGUGAGUUUCGCGGUUGGUGCAUGUUGCACAGCGUUUUUGGCCAUUUGCGUGUUAUAUUCUGUAAUUUGAGCCGUUAAGAAUGACGUCUAAAAUAGUUGAAACUGCCAGAUUUGAAUAUUAAAUUCGGUGUAAAAAUCACAGCCUUCUUCGCAAACCCUUAUCAGUUAUUGGCGUUGUUUUCAACCUAGGAGCGUUAACGUAAGUAGGCAGAGACAGCAAUAACAAUAACGAUGACGACGUCAACAAAUAUCGCGUUCGACGAUGGCGAUGACGAAAUAGAUGACGAUUAACAACAGUGACGACGACGAUGACGAUGACGAUGACGAUGACGAUGACGAUGACGAUGACGAUGACGAUAAUGAUGACGAUGACGAUAA